AUGCCACCAAUUUUUGAAAGCAUCGGCUGGGAACGAGCUGCGAGUAUCAGUGAAAACAGAUCCAAUUCUCCAUCUGGUGCAUUCAAUUUCGUUCGUGAUUUCAUAAUAUCUUCAUUUAUAUUUUCCAAUAGCAACGUCCUGGAAAAUGAACAACAUUUAGUAAUUUAUCAUUCAAAUGUUGAUACACGAUAUUCUUUUAUUUCUGAUCAAUCCAUAUAA